UGAAUGCAAAACAAUUUUUUUUGGCAUGAUAAGAGGCUGCAAUCAAACGAUUUCAUUAUUCUGUGUUAAAAUUGCAAGCUUCAAAACUAUGCCAUAGAAGCAAUCACCAGAUAGACAGUCAGUGUGGAAUCAACAAGAUGCAAAAGCAAGAGGAGGUGCUGUCGCGCCUGCGGCCGAUACUCGACAUAUUUUUGCGCGAGAACUUUUCCACGACCAACAAUGUUUACUUUGAGAAGCUCCUCACGCACUUGCAGGCCAAGGAGAACGCCUUUGUGCUGCAGGCCCCAUUUGUGGUGGAUUGGGUUGAUAGGUGCAUCACUGCGGUGACAGAGGACUUCAACAAGAUCCACCCGAAGGUGGUAUCCUUCAUGCUGAAUCUGACCAGCUAUCUGGCGCACAACGAGUGGAUGAUUGUGCGCCUGAGGGAGCUCGAUAUAGUGAACAGAGCUGUUAAACUGCUGCGGGGGGAACAUAACUUCAGUCCAUCGGUAAAGCUGGGUGGGAUUCGACUGAUGAAGGCCGUCACCGAAUACAGCAUGGGUCUGGCCUUUCUGCGUAUGCACCGCAUCUGGACGUUGCUCAUCCAGUAUUCCAACAACGAUCACACCCUGUAUGUGGUGCGAGAGGCCCGACAGGUACUCUACAAUAUGCUGUACAAGUCCUGCGACAAGCUGCACGACAAGGCUGUAACGCUGGAGAUACUUAGCGAGAUCAUGAAGCCGCUUCACGACAAUCUGUACAAAAACAGCAACGGCGAAGAGCGCAUACACAUCAAGGUGGAUGACAAUGAAUUGCUGCACAAGAUCUCGGCCACGCUGGACCUGCUCUCAUACAUCCUGCAGCAGACACUGGUGCUUGAAGAGCGCACCAGUCUGAUUGCCCUUCUCAAGGAGUAUCAUGAUUUCGAGAUUACCAUUUGGAAGUUGAUUGAUAUGACCCACAACCCGUACUUUAUUGAGAAAAUCUUUACCACGCUGAGCAGCUACAACUUCGCCCUGCUGAUGCACGAAAAGCUUUUAAAUCCUGACGCCACCGAGCCCCCGGAGGAGUUCACAGAGUUCGGGCUGUCGUUCUUUAAUCUCAUGAAAUUCUUCAUUACCCGUAAAGACGGUAUGAGCUUUGUGAAACUGGCAGAGCUAAAUCACGUGCUGUGGAAGAAACUGGGAGCUCGGGCGCCCAAGGAGAUCGUUAUCCAACAAGAGCGCGUGACGUUCGAAAACCAGCUAAUCUGCUUUCAUAUGCUGCCGCUGCUCUUCUCUAUGAAGUAUGCUCAGAAGCUCGCCGACGAGGAGAACAAGGUGGAACUCUUCGACGCCUAUGUCGUCAAGUUGCUGGAGCUCACUUGCGAGCAGACCCUCCGUCUCUGCUACACCAUGCGGGAUAACUUCUUUACGGCGGACGGCAUGACGGCGGAUCUGGUAACGGCCGGGCUAGCCAACAAAUGCAUACACAGCCUGCUGGCUCUGGAGAAUGUGCUCGACCGGGAACAAGCUGUUACUGUGUGCCAGGCUCUGCUCUACGUGCUGCGCGAAGCGGUGGCUUUGAGUGUCAUUACGAACAACUCAAUGGAUGACUGCCACAGCGUUAGCAGCGCGGGGAGCUCAUACCUUGAAAUGUAUCCGCAGGGCACAGAGAAGGUCGUAAACGAUCCCCAGGUGCUGCACUCUGUAAUGGUGGGUUUGCGCACCCUAAUCGAACGCUUCAAGAUCACAUGGAAGGAGUCAGUGGAGACCAUUGGUCUGGUGAACUGCCUGGCCUUUGUACUGGAGAACACAAACAUGGACGCCAGGUGUACUGUCCAGGCACUUAAGCUCGUCCAGCUGGCUGUGGAGCACUUCCUUUCUCCAAACAUGGCUCUGUUGGUGGACAACCUUCAGGGCUCUGCUUUAGUUUGCCUGGGUCCCAUCAUUGUCAAACGGAUGCACGACACGAUGUGGGAGGUGCGUGACACAACGCUGGAACUCACCACUUCUAUAGCUUCUAUCUCCCGCGUCAAGUUUCCCGCCUUUCAACGUUUUUUGAUCGACGCAAAGAUACCCCCGAUAGUCUAUGAAAUGGCCAAGAAUGAUUCGGAAGUCUAUGUGCGAGCCUCCGCCUUUAAAUGUCUUUCGCAAAUGGUUUCUAUUAAUCUGUUGUGGGAAAAUAGUUUUAGCCAACUCGAUCUUGUGGAUCAUCUUAUGUAUGUGAUGUAUCGGGAGACCGAUGAUAUUGUGCGUGCCGAGGCCAUAAUCACGCUGAUGAGGAUCUACGAGCACCGCAAAAUCCCAGCCAAGUACAAGAACACGCUCUUCUCAACCCUAAACUAUUGUGUGGUCGGGGAUCAUCACUCGGAGGUAAAGAUGAAUGCGCUAAAUUUCUGGCGGCGGGAGUUUUACCGACAGUUUAGCAACCAGGGCAUGAUCGAUGGCUCUUUUCCCUCGGUCACAUUUUCCAAGGAGCAGAAAAAGAUUGUCACGCUGACAGAGAAAGAGAUCCAGACUAGCAUUGCCAAAGUAUUCGGAGAGGUCCAACAGUACGGAUAUUUUGGCAUCCUACUCAAGAGCCUUCGGGAGGAGACUUCAAUGGAGGUGUUGGAGUUUCUCAUUAUGGGUGUUAAGGUAAUGAAAGAAAAGUUCGAGCGCUACAAAGGAAUCAUGGAUGAGAUUGAAAUGAGAUCGCCUAUCUCGCACUGUGAAGACUCAACGUUCUGUUUUCCGACCGAACCGCAGCCAUCUGCGAUUCCCCAGCAUACACCGGUAAAUCCCGGAGAAGCGGACGAGAUUAUUGAGUCCAUACUGAACUCGCAGGAUGCCCAGCUUCUGGAGAAGGCGUUUGAGACCCAGAUGCAUAUAAACGAGGAGGUGGAAAUGACGGAGAAGCGGCACAUCGAUGAGUUUUACUACAAGCAGUUUGCGAUGCCGUUGCGACCGUUCUUCGAGGAGCUUAAGACCAUUGACCUCGACCAAUUGGUCAAGCAGCACCAGGAGUGGUUCGAGUGCAAGGAGAACUUCACCUCCCUGCUGGAUGAUAUCCUCGGUGCGUUGAAACGAGACGAUGAGAACAUGAUUUCGGAUUGUUAUUAAUCCUGGGCUAAGCCGAUUGCAAGUCUUAACCGUUUUGAGAAUUAAGUUAAAAGAGUUUUUCGCUUAAAAAGAAAAAAUAUUUUUGAUAACUAUGUAAUUGUCACACACGAAAUGAGAUUUUAUUCCACCGUCAUAGACAAACAAUAAAGAAAAUGUAAAAACAGCAAGCAGGUA